AGAGAUUAGUUUAGCAGCAAGACCGAAAUUCUUCCCCGGCACGCUGGCUAUACCUAAUGAUCAACCUCAAAUACAAGAUAAGAGAGGGCUAAUCUCCUUGGACACUCAGAAGAUUAAUAUAGGCGGUUGAGUUAGAAAAGAAGCUGAUGUGGUUGCGGCAUUGCGCCGAGACUCAGUCUAUGCUUAGAUAAGCUUACAUACUCUCUAUAAAGGCUUCAAUCAUGGGUAGUAGCCUGCCAUCAGUCCCCUAGGUAUUCCUCUCCCUCACGUCUCUUUUCACAUUCGGUUGUGAGUGACUCAGUAGCCAUGAGAUAUUCUGCGUCAGCACUCCUCGCCAUCUUGUUGCCUCUAUCCGGAGCCCAUAGAAAGGAACGAAUAUGCCCCUUGAAAGGCCCACAGUUCCCCGCGCCAACGGGCCUGGGCUCCGAGGCCCUAUUCCGGAACGCGACGGGUAUGAUUGAACGGUCUAUUCGGGCAAGUCUUGGGAAAAUGCCAUACAAUAAGACGACAUUCUCCGUUGGUAUGUUCAGCACGACGGACGACGAGCUACUCUAUGAAUUUCACCACACUGAUCCAGCCGUCGCGACUAGUGGGAUUGGAGCGAAUGAGGUCGACGCAGACUCAAUAUACCGGAUCGCUAGUAUCACCAAGAUCUUGACUGUCUAUCAGUGGCUAAUCGCGGACGGAGACCGGAAGUUCAACAGCCCUAUAUCUGACUUUAUCCCGCAGCUUCUCGAGUACCAAGAGCACCAUGAUCAUUACCCAGGGGCUCGCUGGGAUGAAAUCACGGUCAACGAUCUGGCUAUGUACCUCGCUGGGAUCGCGAGAGACUAUGGCCUGAAUGAUGUGGCUGUUUCGGGUUACAUCACCUCGUUUCUCCCUGUUAUGGCAGCUACCGUAUUGCCAAACAACCCAGCAAAUGGUAUUGGUGUUCCUGAGAGCGAGGAUCCAGCAUGCGGAUACUUCACAGCCAACGUCGAAUACCUGCCAUGUUCACGCGAUGUGUACAUUAAAGAGGUUGCCAACUUAGGAUUGAGCUUCGUGUCAAGCUAUACACCCUCCUACAGUAAUGCUAACUUUGCUAUACUGGGCCUUGCGCUGGAGAACAUGCUCGGGGCUUCACUUGAAGACAUAUUUGAUGAACAUAUAGCAAAGCCUCUCGAUCUUCGCUCCACAACUAUGGGGAACCCUCUGCAAAUUACAAAUAACUCUGUUAUUCCCGGCGGUGGCCUGGUGAGGAGUGGCUGGUGGGAUGCUCUCGGUCCUCUGAACGGCGGCGCCGGGGGUUUCUCAACCACGAACGACCUAGCAGCUAUCGGUAAAUCCAUUUUGAACAGCACAUUGAUGACACAAGCGACGACACGCCGCUGGUUUUCAACGACGUCCUUCGUGGAUACCAUCGAACAAGCAGUCGGUCGGGGCUGGGAGAUCUUUCGCGUGCGCGCCAACGGGCACAGCGUAGACCUCUUCACAAAGAGCGGUAACUGGGGCGUUUACAAUUCCGUCUUCUUCUUGUUGCCCGCGUACAACUUCGGCUUCAGCAUCCUCUCGGCAUCGAGCACGGCGAGAGAUGCGGUCGUCGACGCCCUGUCUAACGACAUCGUCAACACGCUCCUCCCAGCGCUCGAGGCCAUCACUAAACGACAGGCGAGUGAAAACUUUGCGGGCCGGUACACGUCCCCUAACAUGGGAACAAACACGUCAAUCACCGUGACGACGGAUGGCUCGCUAGGCCUCCGGGUCACCGAGUACAUCGCCAGUGGCGUGGACCUUCUAGGGAGUGUAUUCGCCCUGUUCGGGUCGGACGUCGAGUUCCGGCUCAUUCCAAAUCAGCUCUACGACGGCCGCACUCGAGUGGGAUUUUCCGCCGUCUAUCAACCGCCGUCGGAGAUCCCGCCGAAAGACGAAUUCUACUGGCCCUGCCAGAGCUGGCUUGAUAUUGACGAUUACACGUAUGCUAAUGUGCCGCUUGGGUUGAUUGCGUUUGACCUCGAUGCUGAUGGAAACGCCACCUUCGUGCGAUUGGUAGCGCUGCGGGAGACUUUGCUUAGGAGAUAGCACUGCGCAGUAUAUAGGUGGUAUCCGACUAGAAUCACGUUAUGUGGCGUGAAAGGUUAGUCAAUAGUCUUUGUGUAAUUCAUAGGGACAGGGCAUAGUUUCAUAAGGUGCGCAUGUAGCCUUCUUAGCUGGCUUUUCGCGAAUAUCCUGCGUUUAAUUUCCUAAUCGCGAGUCUCCAUAGUGAGUGACGCUAUUCAAAUGCCUAUCCAA